CAUGCAGCAAUACUAGUUCAUUCAGCUGAACUCAAAUCUGGUUGGGAGAAGUUUUUGGCCAAAUACAACAGCUUCAAAAUUCACAAUCAACGCAACUUUGAAGCAAUUAAACAAGGCUUAAAAAUGAAUAAAACAAUUCCAUCUUCAAAUUACGAUAUUACGAUUGUUGGAGCAGGUGCUUUUGGUACAGCUGUGCUUGGUCAACUUAGUCUUUUAGUGAAGGCCGCAGGAUCGUUUCGCAUACUAGUCGUAGAGGGAAUGGAAGAAUUUGGUCCGGGGUUACCCUACUCCAAGGAAAUGACAAUUCCAGAUCAUAUUGUGAAUAUUGCAGCCGGUUGCACUCAAAUAACCGCAACCUACAUUCCUGUGUCUGAAAGAUCCGAUUUUAUUGCAUGGCUUCAGUCGCUAACUCAAGAGUGCCGUGCUUCGAUUGGCGUACCGGAAAGUAAGAGCAGCACAGAUUGGGUGUAUCGUCCAUUUCCCAGAUAUAUCGUCGGUUUGUACCUUCAAGAUAGAUUCAAAUCUUUCUGCAAGACGCUGGCACGCAAAGGUUUUGAAGUGGAUUUGAGAAAUCUUACAGAGGCUACUUCAAUCAAGCCUGCUAACCAUGACUCAAAACUUGGCUAUGAAAUCACAUUGGAUGAUGAAAGUACUGUCUUUACUUGCACCCUUUUUAUCGCCACGGGGCACUGGAGCCAGAAUCGCCAUCCACAUUUUUCAGCGUGGAUACCUUCAGUUUAUCCACCACGCGUGUUGCAAGAGAGAUCACAGUCGAAGACAAGCAUCGGGAUUUUGGGAUGUUCUUUAUCCGCUAUUGAUGCCGCACUAGCUUUGGGGAAGACAAAAGGUGUUUUCCAGCGAGUCGGCAAAGAGAAGGAAAAGAAACUGACCUUUUUGCCUUUCCAAGGAGAGGGAAAAUUCAAGAUGAUAAUGUAUGGUCGCAAAGCAAUUCUUCCCCAAGUGAUGGGAGUGGUCGUCAAUAAGAUCUUCUCAUACAAGCAGUUGAUUCCGGAAAAGCUUAUUCCAAUAAUCACAGCAAACAACGGUUUCCUUCCUUUAGAAAAGUUUUGGUCCCUUCUGAAGAAGGAAAUCUAUGACGAAGUUACCCAUUUGCACCCGUAUUUUCCCGAUGACUGGGAAACUAUUUCUUUGGAAGAAGCAGUGAACAGGCUCAACAUGUACCUACGGCAGACGAAUUACAAGGAAAGACUCAGUAAAGAAACAGAAGAUGCGAAAGAAAGCCUAAAAAGUGGCAUCCCUUUACUUCUGCAGAACGUCUUUUACCAAUCAUACGCCAUCUUCGAUGAGGUGCUGAGUUAUUUCACUGCUGAAGAUAGAAUGCGUUUUGAAAACGUGAAAACCGAGUUGCAUCUGUUAAUCGCGCCCUUUCCUGUGCAAAAUGCAGAGAAGAUACUGGCUCUUAUGCAAAGUGGCUUCCUUGAAAUUCAGAAACUGGGAACUCAGUACACGAUUACUGAAACACCCGAGACCAAGCAAAUCAAGAUUUCGUGGACCGAACAGAAUCAAUGUUUGGAAAACACCCAUGACUUGGUUAUUGAUGCGCUGGGACAAUGUGGUGAUUUUGAUAAAGAUUCGUCGCCUUUGACAAAAUCCCUAAAGAAGCAUAACCUUCUACAAGAAGUUCUCGUCCCGUUUGGCGAUUCGAAAAAUGCCCAAAACCAUUCCAAACAUCCACAAGUGGUUCAGAGAAAUGGUAGAUAUUUCUAUCGUCCGGAUGGUGCUCUUAUUGAUAUACGUAGUUUUUCCCUAGUACCUUCAACAGAUGUUACUUUAGCCUAUCCAGUUUACUACAUGGGUCCUCUUACGCAAGGUCAAGUCGCAUUUCCUCAGGAUUUGAGUGUUGUCACUACAGCAGCUGAGCGCUCAGUUUCCGACUUAGUAAAACGGGGAAUCCUUGACAAAGGUAUCAAUACCUUUUCUCCAGAAGAUCCUUCUCCUAUGUACGGCUGGGUACUUAAUGCAAAGGGUGACCUAAACGGGCAAAUGAGAUUAAUGACGGAAGUACUAAAAGUACACAAGCGAUAGGUUGAUAGAAGAUUCUUUGUUCAAUCUUCGAACGAAAGAGACGUAGUUGCUAAUUUAGUUUAAACAAUUUUCUUUUUUAACUUGUAUACUAUGAACAGAGACAAGAUAGGCGGAUGCUUUGUAACAUUUAGCUCUUAUUCAUUAGCUGUUGGGUUGUCCAACUCCAACCCAGUCCCUUUAAAAAUAGAAUUUUAGUUAAAAGCUGCUUUUAAAUUGCUGACAAGAUUUCGGCCUUGCAAGUAAAAUAAAAAACUUUUGUCAAAUUUUCGUUAUUUUUAAAAAUUGUUUUCAGCAAGGAUACUGUGCAUGAAGUAAAAAUAAUCAUCGAUAAUUGCGGAUGCCAAUAUUCAUAUAUUCAUAAGACUAGUGAUUGCAACGACAACAGAUUUCAAAAGAAAUUGAUAAUGCAGAACAUGAAAGUAUGCAUGAAUAUAGUCCCCCCCCCAAUUAUCGAUGCUGGCUACGCCACUGAACAUAAUGCGACAAUUAAACCUUUUCAGUUGCCAACCUUAUCCGAAUAUACUACAAAGUUAGUAUGCAAUAUAUACUAAAACGUAUGUGUAA